CCGGUCACUCGGUCGCGCGUUCUCAAUUUAAAAUUUAAAAAUUCAAAUUGUCUAUUCCAUUUUUUUUCUAAAAUGAGUCGGAUACUGAGAUGUUCGUUGAUUUGUUUGAUAGCGGUCAGCAUGGUCAAUUUUAGGGUGUUCACGCGAGCCAUGUCUACGGUAGCGAAGUCCUUCAGUGCGCACGGCGUUGUCUCCGAUGUCAUCCCGGUGGCUCCACAGGCGUUGGCUGCCGUAAGUACUUUCUAUUUUUUUUUUACAGAUGAAGUGUUUUUUCAAAAGAGUUUUACUGCAGUCCAUUCAGACCCCGACGCGCCCUCCCGCGUGGAGCCCAAGUUCCGUGAAUGGCACCACUGGCUGGUCAGCAACAUUCCCGGGAACAACGUCGCUGCUGGCGAGACGCUCUCCGCUUACGUCGGCUCGGGCCCCCGCAGUAACCUUCCGCAGGGCACCGGUCUCCACCGCUACGUGUUCCUUGUGUACCAGCAACCCGGCAAGCUCAACUUCGACGAGCCCAGGCUACCGAACACAUCCGGUGACAAUCGGGGAGGGUUCUCCAUCCACAAAUUCGCGACCAAGUACGGGCUAGGCAACCCCAUCGCUGGCAACUUCUACCAAGCCGAGUGGGACGAUUAUGUCCCCAUCCUUUACAAGCAGCUAGGCGCCUAAGGCGUUUAGAUCCUUGGGUCCAGGAGCCUUGGAUCUUGGAUCCUUGAGGUGCCAUGGCUUUUCUUAGAUCUUUGGGGAGCCUUUGGAUCCUUGAGGAGGGUCCCAUAAAGUCUCAAGUCGUGAUGUAUCGUUUGUCCACAUUUUCGUUAGUCAUAACUAUAUAUUUCUCAGAGACGUGUAACUUUACAGGAUUACCAUAAAACAAACCUAACCUAACCCAACUAAUCUAUAGAUGACCUUAAUGAAAACCCUGAAAACUUAACCGUUUCAGAAUUAUGACUAAUGGUAAACUGGCCAUCAAUUACAUUAUGACUUUUAAUCAUUAUGCCAAACAAAUGGAUCCGCCUUGCGAAGCCUUGGAUCUUGAAUCCUUGAGUAGCCAUGGAUCUUGGAUCACCUUGGCUCUUCUUAGAUCUUUGGGGAGCCUUGGAUUCCUGAGGAGCCUGGAUCUUGGAUCCUUGAGGUGCCAUGCUAUUCUUAGAUGUUUGGGGAGCCAUGGAUCCUUAGGUGCCUUGGAUCUUUGGAGAAGAGUGGAUCUUAACAUCUAUCAACAUGCUAGACACGUUUUUGAGUAGAUUCAAUGAUUUGCAACCACAGAUACAUUUGUAUUCAGAAUUCUUUAAAUAUUACUGGAUUAAGACAUUCAGAUAGAAUGGAUAGGUUCCAUUUUUCAGUUAAAUGAUUUAGGCCGGCCUUAUACAGUAUGCAUCAGAUCAAUCUAAGAAAGGUCGGUCUUAGCAUUGUUUUAUUAGAAAGACUAAAAAUCUGAUAUCUGGAUGGGUAUAAAGUAAAGUAGAUUAUUAUCAAACAAACUUUUAUCAAGUUCUACACCUGAACUUUACCCUAACAUUCCCAGAUUUAUUUCACCCAGAGAAUCAAGGUCUAUUGUGGUUUGAAGUUAGUCAGAUAUAUCAGAGUUCUUAAAAGACUGGUAAAUAAUUACUACUCUAGAACGUGUCAUUUCAUUAGCGAAACUUAAGGCAUAUAGAACUUAAGACGAAUUUUAUAUAAUUAAAGAUUAAAACAAUAAUAAGUGUUAAACAUUGAUUCGAUUGAUCAAAGCUUCCAAGUCUAAUAACUACAAAUUGUAAACAAUUGGCAUAACAAAGUUUCUAAAGUAGAAUUUAAAAAAUACGGAGUAAAAUGUUCUAAGUUUUUGUUAAGAUCCAAUGUAGUUUUUAAGCAACAAUACAUUUAUUUGCGCAUUUAUUUCUGUAUAUGCCUUGUGACUUGUCCUAAUUACCGUGACCGUAUUUUGUCAUUAUCAUUACGAAGUCAAACUAUGUGGAUAUAUAAAUCAACUUUGAUUUAUCCUAGAUAGGUACAGGAGUUUUGUAAUCACGGCAUAUGCGUAUUCUGUUCUUGGGUAAUGGCAAUAAAAUAAUUUACACAGAA